CUCGCAUCAGGCGGAACGUGCGUGACACUCCAUCGCCUGAUGUAAAAAAUGGCGCACUUGAUAAGAUCCAAAUUCGUGCUGCUGUCACUGAAGUACGCUAAUCGUGUCGCACCUCGCAUUACCGUGCCUUUGAAAUAUCAACGAUUAUGCUUUCACACCAGCGAUAUCCUCGACGUGAUGGGAAAGGAGUUAUUAAUGCCAUCCUUAUCGCCUACCAUGGAAAGCGGCACCAUAGUGAAGUGGUUCAAAAAGGAGGGUGAUAAGAUUAAUCCUGGCGACGCUAUUGCGGAUAUUCAGACCGACAAAGCUGUGGUCACAAUGGAGUUUGAUGAUGAAGGCAUAAUGGCAAAGAUAAUGAUACCUGAAGGAACGAAAGAUAUUAAAGUGGGAACUCUGAUAGCUCUUACUGUCGAAGCUGAUGAAGACUGGCAAACUGUAGAAAUGCCAGCUGGAUCUGCACAGGCUUCUUCAACAACACCAUCCUCUGCUGAACCAAGUCCACCUGUUACAAAAGCAGAACCACCUCCUGGCCAACAAAAUAUUGCCAUGCCUGCCCUGUCGCCAACCAUGACAACAGGUACAAUUGUAAAAUGGUUGAAGAAGGAGGGUGAUGAAAUACAACCGGGUGACGCCUUGGCAGAAAUACAGACAGACAAAGCUGUGAUGUCGUUCGAAUUGGAGGAAGAGGGCAUACUCGCGAAAAUUCUUAUUCCAGAAGGAUCUCAGGUGGAAGUAGGUCAAUUGAUAGCUGUUAUGGUCGAGAAAGGAAUGGAUUGGAAACAGGCUGUUGUCCCUACGUCAACUAAAGCAACAACAUCUGCACCAAGUCCUGAUAAACUGACUACACAAACUGCUACCAAACCAUCAAGUGGACAAGUAUAUGGUUUGGCAGUCAAGAGAUUGCUGGAAGAGUAUGGCCUGAACUCUAGCUCAGUCAAAGGCACUGGACGUACAAACCGUUUAUUGAAGAGCGAUGUUUUGACAUAUAUUCAAGCACAUAAUAUUAACAAAGUUACGCCUAAAGCCGCACCGGCUCCAGAAGCUGUUAAGGCACGUCCUUCCAGUCUAGAGGAGACGCCUAUCCCGGUUGGUCAACCAUCUGCAUACGAAGAUAUCGAAAUAUCCAACAUUCGUGCCGUUAUCGCCAAACGGCUUGGAGAGUCAAAAAGUACUGUACCGCAUUCUUACGCAGUUAUGGAUGUAAAUAUCGACAAGUUAAUCGAGCUCCGUGGAAAACUAAAGACAGAGGAUAUAAGUGUGUCAAUUAACGACUUCGUUACCAAGGCUGUCGCUCAUGCGCUUGUCGAGUGUCCCGAUAUAAAUACAUUAUACCAAAAUGGACAAGUUGUUCGAGUGCCAAAAGUGGAUGUGUCCGUAGCAGUCGCGACGAAAACAGGUCUGAUUACUCCAAUAGUAUUCGACACUGCCACUAAAAGCUUAACAGAUAUUUCGAAAAAUAUUCGAGAAUUAGCCGAAAAAGCGAAAAAGGGACAACUAAAACCACACGAGUUUCAAGGAGGAACGUUUACAAUUUCGAAUUUGGGAAUGUUUGGCAUCAAGGAGUUUUCCGCCAUUAUAAAUCCUCCGCAAACCGCUAUUCUCGCUGUAGGUUCGGGACGGGAAGAGCUGGACUUAUCGUUAAUGAAGAUAACGAAAAUGACAGUGAGGCUGUCAUACGAUAGACGAGCGAUCGAUGAAGAUCAAGCGGCUAAUUUUUUGGCUAUUUUAAAAGCAAUGCUGGAAGAUCCAGCUUUUCUUGCAGCUGGCAGAAUGCAGGCACUGAGGUACAAACGUGAUGCAUAUUAAUCUAACAAACUAAUUAUCUUGUGUUUAUUACAAAAACAGCUCAUUUUCUUGCAUCAAGAGAAAUUAAAUAUUAUUGUUUUGUAACUAUGUUACUGUAUCCUAUAAAGUAGAAAUGAGGAAAAGCUCAAUGUUAAUCAAUAUAAUUGUAUAAUGUACAUAACUAUUGGCUGUUUUUGAAAUAAAUACAAGAACUGAUUAAUGUUGAUACAAAUUUUUCGUGCCAUAUAUGUAUAAUCAAAUAUAGGAAGCACGAUUUAUAUAUGAAAACGUUUUGUAAAUAACGUUAUUAUCAAAAACUUUGACUAAAGGAAAUAAUUUAUAUAUUUAUACUGCCAAAAUAAUAUUUACAACCAAUAUGGACAUACUCUCACAUUCAUGAAUUUAUUACUAAUGACAUUAAGUGCAGUGCUAAAUUGUGAUUUUUUUAUAUAUCGGUAUAAUUUUUAAAUUAUUUUUAAUUUUAAUUGAGUAAAUUAGGGAUUAAUAUCACAAAAAGAUUGAAGGGCAGAAAAUAAAGAUGUUCAUUAUUUUGUAUUUAUAAUUUUGUAAAUAAUUAAAAUGUUGAUAUUUAUGUAAGUCUAUUUUUGUAAAUAUCUGCAAAUUGUUGGCUAUUGUAAUAUGGCACAUGGAAACCUUGUGAUGUACAUACAUCUUCCGAGUCAAAGUUUAUAUAAAUGUCUCUAUUGUAUCAUAUUACUAUAAAUACUUGGAUAUAAAUUUGCAUUCGGCUAUUUAAAAAUUCAUGGAAUAAAGCGUAUAGUUAACGUCCGAUUAAAUUAUUAAUUGGAAAUAUAUGUAAAAUAAAUAAUUUAGAUAAAUGGAAGAAUUUAUCUUCUCAAUAAAAUAUUUAUUAUCUAAAA